AUGGAACGGCGGACUAGUCGCAAUUUCAGCCGGAGUAUUAGCCGGAGUUUCAGCCGGGCAAGCUGGAGCAUGGAAGAUGUGUUUGCUAAUGGGAACCCUUCACGCAGAAGCUCUCGAGUCGAUGAAGACGAAGAGGCUCUGCGUUGGGCCGCCAUUGAAAAGCUUCCCACUUACGACCGUCUUAGAACCAGCAUCUUGCAGUCCGUUAAUGAACCCGACCCUCGACUCGCUGGAAACUUACCGCUUCAUAAGGAAGUUGACGUUCGGAAACUCGGCGUUAAUGACCGCCAGGAUUUUAUUGAUCGGAUUUUUAAAGUUGCAGAGGAGGAUAAUGAGAAGUUCUUGAGGAAGCUGAAGAACAGAAUUGACCGAGUUGGAAUCCGACUUCCUACAGUAGAAGUGAGAUUCGAACAUCUGACCAUUGAAGCAGAUUGUCAUGUCGGGAACAGAGCUUUACCGACGCUGCCGAACGUGGCAAGGAACAUGGUGGAAUCGGCCAUUAGUUUGCUUGGAAUAAAAUUGGCUAAACAAACCAAACUCACCAUCCUUAAAGAUGCCUCUGGCAUUGUCAAACCAUCCAGGAUGACCCUUUUGCUAGGUCCCCCAUCCUCAGGCAAAACAACUCUCUUGUUGGCUUUGGCAGGAAAAUUAGACCCAAGUUUAAAGGUGAAGGGAGGAGUGACCUACAACGGGCACAAAUUGAAAGAAUUUGUUCCACAAAAAACGUCGGCUUACAUUAGCCAAAACGAUGUUCACAUUGGAAUUAUGACGGUCAAAGAAACCCUCGAUUUCUCUGCUAGAUGUCAAGGAGUUGGGACUCGUUAUGAACUCUUGAGUGAGCUUGCUAGAAGAGAAAAGGAUGCAGGGAUCAAACCAGAGGCAGAAGUAGACCUUUUCAUGAAGGCAACCGCCAUGGAAGGAGUUGAGAGCAGCCUCAUUACUGACUACACUCUCAAAAUACUUGGACUUGACAUUUGCAAAGACACCAUUGUUGGAGAUGAAAUGAUAAGGGGUAUAUCUGGUGGACAGAGAAAAAGAGUCACCACAGGAGAGAUGAUUGUUGGACCCACAAAGACAUUAUUUAUGGAUGAAAUAUCAACGGGUCUUGAUAGUUCAACAACUUAUCAAAUAGUGAAAUGCCUACAACAGAUUGUGCACUUAACCGAGGGUACAAUUUUAAUGUCCCUACUCCAGCCUGCUCCUGAGACGUUCGAUCUUUUUGAUGACAUCAUCCUCGUAUCGGAGGGUCAGAUCGUUUAUCAGGGCCCACGUGACCACAUCGUUGAAUUCUUUGAAUCGUGCGGCUUCAAAUGCCCCGAAAGAAAAGGGACCGCUGAUUUCUUACAAGAGGUUACUUCAAGAAAAGACCAAGAACAAUAUUGGGCUGAUCGGAGAAAGCCGUACCGGUACGUUCCGGUAUCGGAGUUCGCCAGCCGAUUCAAGCGUUUCCAUGUCGGUUUGAGGUUAGAAAACGAGCUCUCUAUCCCUUACGAUAAGUCUCGUGGUCAUAAAGCUGCUCUGGUUUUCUCUGAGAAUGUCGUCCCCAAAAUGGAGCUUCUCAAAGCUUGCUUCGAUAAAGAAUGGUUGUUGAUGAAGCGAAACUCGUUUGUUUACAUCUUCAAAACUGUUCAAAUCAUUAUCGUUGCCAUUAUAGCAUCCACGGUGUUCUUAAGGACGAGAAUGCACACCAGAGAUGAAUCGGAUGGGGCUGUGUUUAUUGGGGCUCUUUUGUUUUCUUUGGUUAGUAAUAUGUUUAAUGGAUUCUCUGAGCUUGCAAUGACUAUUUCAAGACUUCCUGUGUUUUACAAGCAAAGAGAUCUUAAGUUUCACCCUCCAUGGACUUACACUAUCCCUACUGUCAUUCUUGGAAUACCCACUUCGCUUCUUGAAUCUGUUGUUUGGUUGCUGGUUACAUAUUACACAAUUGGAUUUGCUCCUGAGGCUAGCAGGUUCUUCAAGCAAUUGUUGUUGAUAUUUCUUGUGCAACAAAUGGCAGCUGGAGUGUUUAGACUCAUUGCUGGAAUUUGUAGGAGUAUGAUCAUUGCUAACACUGGAGGGUCAUUGAUUCUUCUACUUAUAUUCUUGUUGGGUGGUUUUAUCAUUCCUAGAGGUGAAAUUCCAAAGUGGUGGAUAUGGGGUUACUGGAUUUCACCCCUGACUUAUGGUUUCAAUGCUAUAACUGUUAAUGAAAUGUUUGCCCCUAGGUGGAUGAAUAAGAUGAUUCCAAAUACUACUGUUAGUUUGGGUGUGAAGGUGCUACAAAAUUUUGAUGUUUUUCCCAAUAGGAAUUGGUAUUGGAUUGGCAUUGCAGCUAUUAUUGGAUUUGCAAUUCUCUUCAAUAUUCUUUUCACCAUUUCACUUACCUAUCUUAAUCCACUCACAAAGCAUCAAGCAAUAAUGUCUGAAGAAACAGCAUCGGAGAUGGAGGCUAACCAAGAAGAUUCACAAGAACCUAGACUAAGAAGACCCAUGUCGAAAAAAGAUUCAUUCCCUCAAUCGUUAUCAGCUUCAGAUGGAAACAAUACAAGAGAAAUGAACAUGCAAAGAAUGAGUAGUAAAUCUAAUACCAAUGGAUUAAAAAGAAAUUCAAGUUCCUUAAUUGAAGAGACCAAUGGUGUUCCAGCCAAGAAGGGAAUGAUCCUUCCUUUUAGUCCUCUUGCUAUGUCCUUUGACACUGUAAAUUACUACGUGGACAUGCCUCCUGAAAUGAAAGAGCAAGGAGUCACAGAAGAUAGGCUCCAACUUCUUCGUGGAGUUACGGGUGCUUUUCGUCCUGGAGUCCUUACUGCACUAAUGGGUGUUAGUGGUGCUGGAAAAACAACUUUGAUGGAUGUUUUAGCAGGAAGAAAAACUGGAGGUUAUAUUGAAGGGGAUGUCAGAAUUUCAGGGUUCCCUAAAAAACAAGAAACUUUUGCAAGAAUUUCUGGAUAUUGCGAGCAAAAUGAUAUCCACUCUCCUCAAGUCACAAUUCGAGAGUCCUUAAUUUACUCUGCUUUCCUUAGGCUCCCAAAAGAAGUCAGCAAAGAGGAAAAAAUGGUCUUUGUGGAUGAGGUGAUGGACUUGGUGGAGUUAGACAGCCUUAAGGAUGCUAUAGUAGGGCUGCCAGGAGUUACAGGGUUGUCAACCGAACAGAGAAAAAGAUUGACAAUUGCCGUGGAACUUGUUGCUAACCCCUCAAUCAUUUUCAUGGAUGAACCGACCUCCGGUCUUGAUGCUAGGGCAGCUGCCAUUGUCAUGAGAGCUGUUAGAAACACUGUGGAUACUGGAAGAACAGUGGUUUGCACUAUUCACCAACCUAGCAUUGAUAUAUUUGAAGCCUUUGAUGAGUUACUAUUAAUGAAAAGAGGAGGCCAAGUGAUCUACUUUGGACCUUUGGGUCGCAAUUCUCAAAAGAUCAUCGAGUAUUUCGAGUCAAUUCCUGGAGUGCCCAAAAUCAAAGAGAAGUAUAAUCCAGCUACUUGGAUGUUGGAAGUAAGCUCUGUAGCCGCUGAAGUUCGUCUCAGCAUGGACUUUGCUGAACAUUACAAAUCAUCAUCCUUGUAUAAGCGAAACAAGGAACUAGUAACAGACUUAAGCACACCUCCACCUGGAGCCAAGGACCUGUAUUUCGAGAGUCAAUACUCACAAUCGGCAUGGGGGCAGUUGAAAUGUUGCCUUUGGAAACAAUGGUGGACUUACUGGAGAAGUCCUGAUUACAACCUUGUCAGAUACUUCUUCACCUUGGCUGCUGCUCUCAUGAUUGGAACAGUUUUCUGGAAGGUUGGCACCAAAAGGGAUAGUUCAACCGAUCUCACCAUGGUCAUCGGGGCCAUGUAUGCCGCUGUAUUAUUUGUUGGAAUCAAUAAUUGCCAAACUGUACAACCCAUAGUUUCAGUGGAGAGAACUGUAUUCUAUAGAGAAAGAGCUGCAGGAAUGUAUUCUGCUUUGCCUUAUGCCCUUGCACAGGUGUUGGUAGAGAUCCCAUUCAUUCUUGUUCAAACAACAUACUAUACUCUUAUUGUGUACUCCAUGGUCAGCUUUCAAUGGACAGCUCCAAAAUUCUUCUGGUUUUACUUCAUCAACUUCUUCUCCUUCCUCUACUUCACAUACUAUGGCAUGAUGACUGUGUCCAUUACACCAAACCACCAUGUAGCAGCCAUAUUUGCAGCAGCUUUCUAUGCACUCUUCAACCUCUUCUCUGGAUUCUUCGUCCCAAGACCGAGAAUUCCCAAAUGGUGGGUGUGGUAUUAUUGGAUCUGCCCUAUUGCAUGGACCGUGUACGGGUUGAUCAUAUCGCAGUAUGGAGAUGUUGAGAAGACCAUAUCGGUGCCUGGAUCAUCUGAUAAAAUUGCUAUAAAAUCUUACAUUGAAAGCCAUUUCGGUUAUGAUCCUAACUUCAUGGGACCAGUUGCAGGAGUUUUGGUGGGUUUUGCAGCCUUCUUUGCAUUCAUAUUUGCGUAUUGCAUAAAGACGUUGAACUUCCAAUUGAGGUAGAAAAGAGCAGCUAGUGAAAGACAGCCUCUUCAUAAUGCAAUCUUCUAUAUAUAUAUAGCCAAUUCUUGUAAAUAUAUAUAGUAUAAGUGUAAUGAAGAUCAUGUUCGAUCAUUCUAAAAGUUUUGAUGUAGUUGUAUGUUUAAAUGUAAAGGGUGUUGGAUUGUCUUAAAUUAAAGGAAACAUAUACUACAA